AGUCCUCCCCACAGUGCCAAUGAGGACAGUGCCUGCUGGCCCAAGUGGGGAAGGGAUAAUAGAGCGCAUGCCAGUGGCGCCAGCCGCACCUGGCACCAUAGACCAUGUCUAGGUCUUAAGAAUGAAAGGUUACAUCAUGGGCAUCACUCUUGGUGAGGGCACAUACGCAAAAGUCAAAUCUGCCUACUCUGAGUGCAAGUUCAACAUGGUGAUCAAGAUCUUCAACCACAAGAAGAUGCCCACUGACUUCGUGGAGAGAUUCCUUCCUCGGGAGAUGGAUACCGUCAACCACCGCUCUAUCAUCAAGACCUAUGAGAUCUUUGAAACUUCUCAUGGCCACAUCUAUAUUGUCAUGGAGCUUGGGGUCCAGGGUGACCUCCUCGAGUUCAUCAAGUGUCGGGGAGUGCUGCACGAGGACGUGGCUCAUAAGAUGUUCUGCCAGCUCACCUCAGCUGUCAGGUACUGCCAUGACCUAGACAUUGUCCACAGAGGUCUCAAGUGCGAGAACCUCCUCCUUGACGAGGACUUCAACAUCAAGCCCUGUGACUUCAGCUUCUCCAAGUGCUGCCUGUGGGAUGGCAGUGGUUGCAUCAUCCUCAGCAAGACCUUCUGCGGGUCAGCAGUUUACGCAGCGCCCGAGGUGCUGCAGGGCCUCCUCUACCAGCCCAAGGUGUGCGACAUCUGGAGCCUGGGUGUGAUCCUCUACAUCAUGGUCUGCAGUUCUAUGCCCUAUGACAACUCUGACAUCAAGAAGAUGCUGCGCAUCCAGCAUCCAGGAGCAUUGCGUGGACUUAACCUGUCGGGCAAGUGCAAGGUCUACCGAAUCCUGCAGCCAGACCUCAGCUGGCAGCUGCACAUUGACGAGAUCCUCAGCCACUCAUGGCUACAGGCCCCCAAGCCCAAAGCCAUGUUGAAGGAGGCUGAGGGCAAAUAUUGGACUGAGUGCAACCUGGACACCCGCCCAGCCUUUCGGCCCGAGCACUGGCCCGACCACAAGCUGGGGGCCAAAACCCAGCAGGGGCUGCUGGUGGUGCCCAAGAAUGAGGACAGGAUGGAGGACAGGCUGGCCAAGACCUCUAAGGCGAAAGUUCAUCAUGUCACUGAAGCCAACGUGGGGAAAGUGAGCACCUAGGGGCCCAGGGGGCAUGAUGCAUGGUGCACUCCCAUAAACGAGGCAUGUAGGAGCUGAAGAAGGCACAGGUGCAAGGAACAAGAAAACUCCAUCAAUUAAACCAUGAUUUUGAUUA